GAGUGUAAAUAGUCCUCAUAUUCUCGUGACUUCUCUCUCAUGGCAUCAGAGCAACACGACACCGUUCCCCCGAAGAGGACCUCGACGACGAUCCCAGUCUCAAGAUGAGGACGAUCUCGAGAACCUCGACAACGACGACGUUUUAGUUGUAGAAGAAGAAGACGACGACCUUAACUUUCCUUCCAAUCCACUUCAUUCCCCACCGGCACAGCCACCGCCAACGUCGCCGCUGCCGCUUCCAGUAUUCCGACCGCAACGAUCAACUCCUCCACCUUGCCGUGACCGUUGCUGUUCCCAUCUCCUCCGUAAUGCCCUGUUCUGCUGUUGAUGGAGACGAUUUCCCGACCGCCAUCGGUCAACCAAUCUGAGCCCGAUCCAAAGUGACAACGCGUCGGUGAAACGUUAAUUGUCCAGAGUGAUAUCAAGAAAGCGCAGCCGCUGCCGCAAAUGGAUGAUUCCAGACGCCUUUUUCAACGGCUGUGGACGGACGAGGACGAGAUCGAGCUCCUUCAAGGGUUCUUGGAGUACGCCGUACAACGUGGAGGGAACGCGCAUCAUCCUGAUACGACGAUAUUGUAUGACCAGAUAAAGUCGAAGCUCCAGCUUGAUUUCAACAAGAACCAGCUGGUGGAGAAACUGCGACGUCUGAAGAAGAAGUACCGCAACGUGCUUAACAAGAUCAAUUCAGGGAAAGAAUUCUCCUUCAAGAGUCCUCACGAUCAGGCAACCUUUGAGAUAUCGCGUAAGAUCUGGAGCAAAGAUAAUACUGCAUUGGAUGACGAUGAGGGGAACCCUAACGCAAAUCCGAUUGAUGUCGAGGUGGAAACCGAGGAUUUUGGUGACCGGAAGGCAACGCCCAAGUCGAGAAAGCGCUCACGGCCAAAAUCAAGCGGUGGCGCAAAAGUUGAUGAUAGGCGGGGUGUUAAUGACGAGCUUGUGUCAAAUAAUGUCAAUAGCAACAAUACGAACAAUACUAAUGAUAAUAGCAAUGCUAACGUAUCAAGUUUGACAGAGGAGACAGUCAAGAGCUGCUUGUCACCAACUCCAGUCAAGAGCUGUUUGUCACCAUCGGGAGGACCAUGUGUAGCUGCAGGGAGGAGUUUCGGGGCUUUGGCUAUGAAUGCAAUGCCAUUGAGUUUUUGUGGGCAUGUGAGUUUUGGAGGUGAAGUGAUUGAUGAGAGGUGGAGGAAGCAGCAGAUGCUGGAGUUGGAGGUUUAUUCAAAGCGCUUGGAGUUGGUUCAAGACCAGGUUAGGGCAGCUCUUGACGAGUUGAGAUCUGCAGGAGGAUGAUUUCAAUGGGAUUUUGUAAGUCAUAAAGGUUUUCCUUUCUUUUUGUACUUGGUAGUUAAUUUAUGGUUGACGAUAGGGUAGAGGCAGUAUUUGCAUUUUGGGUUUAUUCUUGUUAUUUGGGGUUCCUAUUUAUCGGAGUUUACAGUCGUUGAAUAAUGACGUGAAUUGUUUAGUCUCUGGUAGUUUUUUCAGGUUUCAUGAUAUGUGAAGAUACUGCUUGAUAUACAUAAAGGAAAUGACUGUUUAAUAAAGACGCAGCUGACAGAUAAAUACACGCUUUUACUUCCUUCUUAA